CGCCGCCAUUUUGCACUGUUAAUGAUACACAAAAGAAUCAAGCGCGUCGGUUUCGUGAUCGUACGAAAUCUCUCUCGCCACCUGAAAAUCACAUCUGCGACUUCUCUCGUCUGGCGUUAAGACAUUUGCAAACAAAAAACACGUUCGUUUGUUGACUCUCUUGUGCGAAUUUGCGUGCGUUCCCGCCAUUGCCGUUAACAGGUUAUAAUGAGCAAAGUGAAGGAUUCUCCGCCAACCGACGCUGAAGGUGAGGAGGAAUUUAGUGUGGAAAAAGUUUUAGACAGAAGAGUCGUAAAGGGCAAGGUAGAAUACUUUUUAAAAUGGAAAGGAUAUUCUAACGAUGAAAAUACAUGGGAGCCUGAAGAGAAUUUGGAUUGUCCUGACUUGAUUGCUCAAUUUGAAGAACAACGCAAGAAGAAGGAAGCAGCAGCAUCUGGCAAACGAGGUCACGAUGACAAGGAGUUGAAGAAACGAAAGAAUACCAGCACACCAACACCUUCUCAAGCUAAGAAAAAGGCUGGGGCUGAAGAGAAGAAAUUGGAAGGAUUUGACAGAAACCUGGAGCCUGAACGUAUCAUAGGUGCAACAGAUUCCAGUGGAGAACUUAUGUUCUUAAUGAAGUGGAAAGGAACAGAUGAUGCAGAUCUGGUACCAGCACGUAUCGCUAAUGAGAAGUGCCCACAGAUUGUAAUCAAGUUUUAUGAGGAACGACUCACAUGGCACAGCCCUGCCCAUGAUGAAGACAGCUCUACAAAGCCUGACCCAGAGUAGCGUUCAGCCUUUCGAUAUGCGUAUACGGCACGCUUUAGGAUUUGCCGUAUUUAGCGGCAUCUCCUAACCGCACGUGAGAAAAGAGAGAAGGAUAAAUACAACAAACAGUAACACAAGAAAGGAAAGAACAUAAUGGAACAAAUAAAUUCGCGGAUUUCUCCACCAUCAUUGCACAGUGAAAAUUGAAUAUAUAAAUUUAAUAUUAUAAAUUUUUUGUAAAAUUACGAGUAAACCAGAGCAGAGUUUUGUGUGUAUACCAUCAGAGAAAUCAGCAAAUUGUAUUAAUACAUUA